AUGGCCUUCACCUCUCUCAUCGCGGCCUCGACCCUGUUCGCCGCCGCUGUCGUCGCUGAUUCGCCCUCGUGCUCUUCAAACUCGCCUGUCUCCUGCUCUAGCAACAACAUCCAGAGCACCUGCUGCACCGAGACGCAAGGCCAAGUCGUUUCAGUCCAGCUGUGGGACACCAACCCUGCCACCGGCCCUGCGGACCACUGGACCAUCCACGGCCUCUGGCCAGAUGCCUGUGAUGGCUCAUACUCGCAAUUCUGCGACUCCAGCCGCCAGACCAACAACAUUGCCUGCAUCAUCUCCCAGUCCGGCGACAACGACCUUCUCAACGACAUGAACACCUACUGGCUGGACCAGAAGGGAGACAACGAGAACUUCUGGGACCACGAAUGGAACAAGCACGGAACUUGCUACUCCACUCUCAACCCCUCCUGCUUCCCCAACUACUCCCAACAAGAAGACGUUGUGGCCUUCUUCCGCCAAGCCGUGAACCAAUUCAAGUCGAUCGACACCUACAGCAUCCUCUCCUCCGCCGGCAUAACCCCCUCCAGCAGCCAAACCUACUCCCAAUCCGACAUCAUCAGCGCGCUCUCGUCCGCGCGGGACGGCUACGCCCCGGUGCUGUCCUGCUCCAAGGGCGCCCUCUACCAGGUCGCCUAUACCUUCAACGUCCAGGGCAGCGUGGCCGACGGGCAGUUCUUCCCCGCGGACCCCAACGGCGAGAAUGGGAACUGCCCGGAUCAGAUUCGUUAUUUGCCGAAGCAGCUUGGGACGGAACCCCAGGCUACUAGCGGAUACUGUUAG